AUGUACACCCCGCUGUUCUGGGUGUUUCCUACGUCGAAGUUGGUGUAUCAAGAAAUCGAAGCCACGAAAGCGGCCAACGGGCAACUCGGACCAACACGUGAGGAUUAUGGAGCAACGCCAACUGCAAUCUCGGAGGAUAUUUCUACCAUCCGGGAUGCCCGCGACAAGGCACACCUCAAACGCAACGGGGCUGCACGAAUUGCCGAAUGCGCCAGCUGGAUCACUGUGCAUGCUCGAGACAUCCAGUGGAACCCCAAGAAGCUUGACCGCAUGACGCAGUUGAUGGAGCCAGUAGAAACAUAUCGAAAAGACAGCAUUCGAAGCGUCAACAAACGAAACGCGAGUUGA